CGGCGUUCAUUCAGGAAUCGACAUCCAUCCGAGUACCUGCGGAUCACGUGCGAAUCGCGUCGCGUUGUGUUUAUGCUGCGGCUGCAGUAAGUGCAGUUUCCUGAUCCGGAAGGAAGUGUCUUCUUAGUGUGCUGUAACGUGUCCUAAGUGUUGUGGCAGGUGUAGGUGUUUUCCGGCUAGCUGGUAGUACUACUACUUUGGGAUUGUUUGGGUCAAAUCAGUGACAAAACCAUUAAACAGGUGACUGGUGAUCUGAAAGUGUGUUUAGUGUGUGGCGAUUGCUUAGGGUAUUGUGGCCUUACAGGCAACUUGAAAACAUUAUGUGAUUGCGUUAUCCCCCGUGAGACCCUCUGCGCUAGUAUAGUGCAAUAGUUGAUAGAGUGUUCGGUAAGGGUGGUUCUGCUUUCGUUGUAGUCAGCAAUCCCCCGGAUCUGUGUUGCCCGGCCCGUAGAGAAUUGUCCGGAGGUUGAUCGUAGAAUAAAGGAGUGCUAAAUUGCAAGCAACAAUCGCGGACCGCAAAAUGAAGUCGUACGUGCUUCUGAUAUGCCUGCAUGCUUUCGCAACGGUCGUGAUAGCACAACAGGCCAACGAUGUCUCAGCAGCAGCACCUGCAGCACUUCCACCUACAGCACCGACAGUACCGCUCACAACGGGAACAACCGCGAAUAACACGUUACCACUGGCCUCUACGCCAGCCUCUUCUGCCGUGAACGAAUUGACUGUGCCCGAUGACGACGCUGACGACGUUGUAGCCGCCACGGCCGCAACAGUGUCCAGCUUAACGAACGAAACGGAAAUAAUCGACCUCAACCAGGUGGCGGUAGACAACGGAUCGACCCACGGACCAUCGACGGUACCGGUGAACCCGAGCGCGAAUACUACCACCAGUACUAGUAGCACGACCACGGUAGCCAGUACGAGCACCAGUACCGAGGGUGGUCCGAUCGACAACAAAACCAUGACACCGGAAGAGAUCCAGAAGCUGCUGCUACCGCCGGCCACGGUAGAGGCGGACAUUCUGCACGUCAAUGUGACGGACAACAAGAAUCCACACGCAAAGUCUGGCAAGGACUCCGAUUGCCCCACCUUGGAAGGUGCUGAUCACCUCUCGCAGACACAGCUACUGACGAGACUUACACACGUCUGUCGCUACGAUCGACUGGAACGACCGAAGAGAGAGUCCCUCAACGGUACGAAUCGGCCGGUCAAGGUGUACGCCCGAGCCUACAUUUACUUUAUGCAGAAUUUGGAAGCUCACGAUCUGCAAUUCAAAAUCCACGCACUGCUGCAGUUCCGCUACGUCGAUCCGCGCUUGGUAUUCAAGGAGGUGGCCCCGAACCGGACGAAACCGAUCAUGGGCGAACAGUCGCUGCGCGAUCUGCUCUGGGUGCCGCACGUGUUUCUCGCGAACGAGCGCAGCUCGGACAUCCUCGGUACGGCCGAGAAGGACAUCCUUACCUCGAUCUCGCCCGACGGUACGGUGAUCGUGUCGACGCGCAUCAGCGCCACGCUCUACUGCUGGAUGAACCUGCAGAAGUUCCCGUUCGAUGAACAGCACUGCUCGACCGUACUGGAAAGCUGGAUGUACAACGAGGACGAUCUGGUGUUGCUGUGGGAGCACAAAUCGCCCGUAACGCUCGCACCGGAGCUACACCUGACGGAGUAUGUGCUGCUAGAGAUGUUCACGAACGAAACGGUCAUCAAUGCGGACCUGAGCGAUCUUCGCCAUGGUGCUUUCGCCGGUAACUACAGCUCGUUGAGCUUCACCGUACAUUUGGCGCGCGAAAUGGGCUUCUACAUGAUGGACUACUUCAUACCGUCGAUUAUGUUGGUUUGCAUUUCGUGGGUAACGUUCUGGCUGCAGGCGGAUCAAUCGGCACCGCGCAUCACGCUCGGUACGAGCACCAUGUUGACGUUCAUUACGCUGGCAUCGGCCCAGGGCAAGACGCUACCGAAAGUGAGCUACAUUAAGGCAUCGGAGAUUUGGUUCCUCGGUUGCACCGGUUUCAUCUUUGGCAGUCUGGUUGAGUUCGCCUUCGUCAACACGAUCUGGCGCCGGAAGCGUAACGUCGAGGUCAAGAAGGUGAACACGAAGCACGUGUUGGUGGGUGCGAUAACACCCCGGCCCGCCCGCAAGGACAUGAGUGGACUGCACAAAUCGCACUCCUGUACCAGUCUGGCCGAUUCGACGACGAGCGCCUCGAACAACUCCUUUAACAACUAUCUCACCGUACACGCCUUCCCGCAGAACAACAGCAGCAACACGUUGCCAGUGAUUAUGACGACCGAUGCCGAUAAGGCGACGGAUGCGAAAACGAACGGCAACAUCGCGAUACAGGUCGACGAUCAGUCGAACGGUGCUAACGGUGGAAAUACUGAGAACAGCGGUUGGACUACCAUGACACCGCAGGAAAUCGCGAUCUACAUUGAUAAGCGAUCGCGGCUGGUCUUCCCGGUGGCAUUCGCCGUCUUUAACGUAUUCUACUGGACCUUUGUUUAUUACGUCUAGAGCGGUACGCGUGUGUUCGUUAUACGCCCCAAAACAACGACGCCUAGCCAACGGAAUGUAUGUAGUGGCUGUGGCCAGUCCGUUAUCUAAAACCAUACAGAAAUCGCGGCGAUCAAUUCACGAAUGCCGCUAUUGCCGGAUAGUUUUAUUUCAAUCCAGCGACAGCAGCGAGGAGGGUGCGCUCGAUGCCAUUUUUGAGGUGCGAGAGGCGCUCUGCCGCAAAACCCUACUUACCGAAGAUUACACCUCCUAGUGAAGUAUUAAUUUAUUGAUCGAUGUCUGUAAGAUAAACUGUGCAUAUUACGUUAAUCGAAUAAAUGCUAAAGAUACCGAUGACGUCAUGUUGUGUGAAUGUAA